AUGGACAAGGUGUUUUUAUUUUUCAUCUUGUUAUCCAGUGCAGCGGUAAAAUCAGAACCUCCUGUCAAUUCGUACUUACCUCCUCAAAAUGGCUACCCUAGCGCAACUUACGGACCUCCAGGCUACCAACCAGGAGUACCCAUAGGUCCAGGAAAUGGCAACGGUAACGGAAAUGGUAAUGGGAAUGGUGGUAACGGUAACGGACAUAGCAACGGUAAUGGAAACGGUAAUGGAAACGGUAACGGUAAUGGUAACGGUAAUGGAAAUGGUAAUGGCAACGGUUAUCCGGCACCAGGAAUAGUAUACGGACCACCUGCAAAUGGAAAUGGUAACGGAAAUAUUUCUGGCGAUCAAAGGGUUGAUAAGGAGUCCUGGGGGUGGUUAAGGUUGCCGAAGCCUUGGCCACACAAAAAGCCUUGGGAGAUGCUCACAGUAUCAGGAGAAAAAUCAACAAAUCCUACUUCCACGUCCUUGUCGUGA